AGAGCUGGAAGCUCAUUGAAAGCAGCCGCUGGUGGAGGCGGGGCUCUGGCCAGUUAUCCUUCCACCUUCCCCCACCCUCCUCAUCCAACCUCUGUUUGGCCCUUAGCUCGGUUCCAGCCGUUGCUGCAGCUGUUUCCCAGCCCUUUUCAAGACUCCAGCGACCGACCAGAAGCCCUUGUUUCCAGGAUGGUGAUCCGUGUAUAUAUUGCAUCUUCUUCUGGCUCUACGGCGAUUAAGAAGAAACAGCAAGAUGUGCUUUGUUUCUUAGAAGCCAACAAAAUAGGAUUUGAAGAAAAAGAUAUUGCAGCUAAUGAAGAGAAUCGGAAGUGGAUGAGAGAAAAUGUACCUGAAGACAGUCGACCAUCCACAGGGUACCCCUUGCCACCUCAGAUUUUCAAUGAAUGCCAGUACCGUGGGGAUUACGAUGCCUUCUUUGAAGCCCGAGAAAAUAAUGCAGUUUAUGCCUUUUUAGGCUUGACAGCACCACCUGGUUCAAAGGAAGCCGAAGCCCAGGCAAAUCAGCAAGCAUGAAUGUUCUGAGUUCUUCCUUCAGCAUCUUGAAAAAUAAUGAAAUCUCCAUUGCUUUUAUAGAAAUCCUUGCUUCAAAAGAAAUAGGCUUACAUGUUGAAAUAAUAGAUUAGAGAUUAGUUGAUAUUCUCGCAUGCAAACAAGCAUAAUGAAAAUGUGAACAUGGUGGUAAGAAAUGAGAGAUGAAGUUAAAACUUUAAGUAGAUAUCUUAGAGUAGCAUUGUUAUCUGCCAAGGCAUUUCUGUUCUGUAAGGAUUUUACAAAAAAUCAAUAUGCUCCUUCUUUUAAAUUUCUGUGUAGCUUAAGGUUCUCAUCAUUUCAACUUUAAGGAACUGAAAGGAGCGAGAGAGGAGAGAGAGAGAGAGAGAGAGAGAGAGAGAGAGAGAGAGAGAGAGAGAGAAGAGAGAAGAGAGAGAGACUCUUAUUCCCACAAUGCCUCAUUAUCUUUAGUGAACAUGAAUAUUUUCAUGUGAUGUUACUGUUGUUGAAAUGUAUUUACAGGUUAUGUUCAUAUGUUAGUCAUUGUAAUUUCCUAUGCUGAUUGUGACAUUCUCCUUCUUUUAUCAAAGAAACAUGUAUGCCCCGAACCACAAGUUUUCCAGGCUUCUAGAUGUAACCUUUCAUUGCACAGCCAGUGAUCAAAAUAGCUGGCUUCCCGUCAGACACACGUUGAGUGCAUUUAACUGAUAAAUUCCUUGCUUAUACAUGCAGUUAUAGUCAUGUUUCUAAGUUGCUUGCCUCAGUACAAUGUGGGUAUAUAAGUCAUGGAGAAAAGAUUGCAGUUCACUUUAAAUUGGCCCUUCCUUGCAAAGAACACAGACUUUUAAUUAACUGUUAUAUAGUAUCUUGCCCUUCAUUGUUUAAGAUAUAUUUUCUUUUGGUGUUUGCUGAACGAAGUAGUAGUGGCUCUUGUCUCCUGCUUUAACACUGUUGGUGAUCGUGAAUGAUACUGUCCUUAAUAGGUAAGCUUUUAGUUUCACUUUAGGUAGACUGUGUCAACACAUCCGUCCAAGUAGAAAGAAUCACUAAGCACACAUUGAUUUUUUGAGAAAGUACAAGUAUCAAAGAAAAGCAACAACGUUUGAAGUAGUUUGAAGAUAAGCAAGACCCAAAGCAUUCAACCAGAAGAUGUUGAUAUUGUACCUUUUUCCCAUACUUGAUUUUUAUAAAGAAACACACAUCUUUUACUUCAAAUUACUAUUAUCAUCAUACCUGCUCUUUCCUAGACUGUACUUGGCAAAAAUUCAAUAUGUAAUGGAGCCAUAGCUUAGUUUACUGAAACUCAAACGUGAAUUGAUGCUUUAACAUAAAUGGUUUUAAAAUUUGCGCUACUCAACUCUAAAUGUUAUACAGUAAUUUUGAUGAAUAAUUUUUGUUUAUAGGUGUUUAAAAAGGAGAAAAACCAAAAUGAACCAAACCAACCAAAACAACAAUAAAAAACAAUUUGAAGGCAACUUUUAGUGACCUAAACUUUGAAGUAUGAAUUGGAGUCAAAACUAUUCCAUUUCUUCUUCCUUUUUUUUUUUUAAUUGUUUUGGGGAUCUCUAUGGAAGACAAUACUUUAAAUUAAUUUUGGAGUGCAAAAUACUUUUAGCCAAUGUUUUCCCUCAUCAUUGCUAAAUGCUACAGGUAAUACCUGCAGUAUUAUAUGUGGACAAUGUAACUUUCUCUGUUUUGCAUUGGAGGAUGUUUAUGUCUGUGGGAUAAUACCCUGAAGUCUGUAGAUUUAAAGUACAAGUUUGAAUUGAGUCUUCUCCAAUUGAAGCCUGUCAUUUUGUCAACUGAGAAACAUUCCUGAUAGAUGAAAGGAAAGGAAAUAAAAGUCUAAGAAUUAAAUGAGUUUUGAAGAAACUUCCACAGUAUAUGCUUGGGAGUGAAUUUCUUGUUGCUUUGCAUAAUAUGUUUGGCAUAUUUGUGUUUCUAAAUGAGACUUGGUAAUUUGUAAAUUUCACAUUUAAGAGCUGAUUUGCCCUUUAGAAAUUUUGUUCUUUAGAAAGAGUUCCACUUUCAAAAACACUGUAAAUUGUUAAUUGUACUGCUAAAUGUGGACACUUCAUUGGGACCCUAAGUAUAUGUGAAUAGGGAAUUUUGAAACAAAGAUUACUUUUACUGGGAAAGACUGAGUACAGGGAGUUUUGGUGAAAUCAGACUUCACUCCUUAAGUAAAAAGAACAACAAAAUGUAAAACUCACAUGAAUUUUUGUUAAGCAGUUGUUGGUGUUUAAAAUUACAAAGUACAACAUUAAUCCUUUUCUAUGGAACACUGAUUCUUUUCAUCUGAUGAAUUUCAAUAAAACUGAUUAAGUGA